GCCUAGGCUGCUGCCCUUUCUCUCUCUGUCUGCGCAGGCGUGCCUGGCCCCUUGUUGCUGAGCCCUCUGCCCUGGGAUGGCGUUGGGAGGAGGGUCAGCUGGAGGCAGCGGGAGGCUUUGCAGCCAGGGAGGCUGAGGGAGCAGCAUCCCCUGGCCUUGCAGCAAAGCCCACCACCAUCAUGGCCCAGGGAGCGGGAAGAGGAGCAGGGCCAGGAGGAGGCGAGGCAGCCUGAGGGAGGCAGGCUGGAGCUGGCGCUGGCUCUCCCGGGCCCUGGCCACAGCAGCCCCUGCCCCAGAGGCCGGGAAGAUGGAGCUGGGCUCCCCGACUCUGAAGGACGUGAGGUGGAGUGCAGUCUCCGUCCCCUUGGACCUCCUGGUCAGCACCUACCGCCUGCCUCAGGUCGUCAAGCCCCAGGGAGGAGAACCUAUAGAAGGUCUUAAAGAGAGUGAUUACCUUUUGAUUCAUUCUUGCCGACAAUGGACAACCAUUACAGCUCACAGCCUAGAAGAGGGUCAUUAUGUCAUAGGGCCGAAGAUAGAAAUCCCUGUGCAUUAUGCCGGGCAGUUUAAGCUGCUGGAACAAGACCGUGAUAUUAAGGAGCCAGUGCAGUAUUUUAACAGUGUGGAGGAGGUGGCUAAAGCAUUUCCUGAACGAGUUUACGUCAUGGAGGAAAUAACGUUCAACGUUAAGGUGGCUUCAGGGGAAUGCAAUGAAGAUACAGAGGUUUACAACAUCACACUCUGCACUGGAGAUGAGUUAACAUUAAUGGGACAAGCAGAAAUCCUUUAUGCAAAAUCUUCAAAGGAGAAAUCACGGCUCAACACAAUCUUCAAGAAGAUUGGGAAGCUUAAUUCCAUCAGCAAAUUGGGCAAAGGCAAAAUGCCUUGCCUGAUUUGCAUGAACCACAGGACCAAUGAGAGUAUUAGCCUUCCUUUCCAAUGCAAGGGCAGAUUCAGCACACGCAGCCCCUUAGAGCUGCAAAUGCAGGAGGGUGAGCACACAAUUCGCAAUAUAGUGGAAAAAACACGGCUCCCUGUCAAUGUGACUGUGCCAAGCCCUCCACCACGAAAUCCUUAUGAUUUGCAUUUUGUCCGUGAAGGGCAUCGCUACAAAUUUGUGAACAUUCAAACCAAGACUGUUGUGGUUUGCUGUGCGCUGCAUGGUAACAAAAUUAUUCCAAUGCACUUCCCUUUGCAUUUGGCUCUUCCAAAGUUCACCCUCCCAGAAAGCCUUGUGAAAGGUGAGAUAUGGCAUGAAUCCUUUGUCAAACACUGGUUCAGCCUCUGUCAAGAGCAGUUUGAUAUAGAUGAGUAUUCACGUGCUGUGAGAGAUGUGAAAGCUGACUGGAAUGAAGACUGCAAAAGCCCACAGAAAAGUCGGCCUUCUAGCCACAAUCAUGUGCCAAACUCCCUUAGUUAUGCUCGAGAUGAAUUGACCCAAUCCUUCCAUCGCCUCUCUGUGUGUGUUUACGGAAACAACCUCCAUGGAAACAGUGAGGUGAAUCUUCAUGGAUGCAGGGACUUGUGUAAUGAGUGGGCUUUGUUCUCCCAUGAUGCUCUACAGUACCAGGAUGCUGGUGAUGGCAGCAGUGACUACCUUUUCCCUGAAGUUGGUGAAGAAUCAUUAUGUUUACCUACCAAACCAGAACUUCCUUAUGAAGAAUUGUGGCUGGAUCAAGGGGGUGGAAAAAUGAAUGAUCAGCCGCUUACUCGUUCUCAGAGUGAAAAAAAUAAAGGUGACAACUAUAGGUGUUCGUUCCGGUCCAAGUGUGGUACUCCUUGUCUUCCGGCACCUGGACCAUUAACAACAACAUCAAAAUCUUCAGAUGUUUCCCUACCUCCACCACCUGUGCCUCCUAAAUCUGAAGCGGUCAGAGAGGAAUGUAGGCUCCUGAAUGCUCCACCUGUUCCACCACGCAAUUCAAAGCCAACAUCCACCAGUCCUUCUAUUCCUCCACGGACAAGCAAACCGGCUCGGCAGCAGACUCGUUCUCCUAGCCCAACUCUCUCAUACUAUUCUUCAGGGUUGCACAACAUCAAUGCUGCUGAAGGUGAAGCUGAAAUUCCCACUGAGAGCACUCCGGUCGUGUGUUUUCCAUGCAGCUCUGUAAAAGCUGACCUGCAAGAUCUUGGCAGCAAAUUGCCUUUGGGGAGUCCCUCUGCUGAUGCUCUGUCCUCUCGACUGUCAUGGCCAAAUCAUUUUUCUGGAGUUUCUGAAAGUCUUGAUAGGAGUGACUUUAUAUUGGAUUCAAACAGGAGUUACAGUUAUCCAAGGCAGAAGACUCCCAGCACACCAAAGAAAAAUUCUCCAGCACCUUUUACAUUUGACUUCAACCGAAGUGAACUCCCUACAGGGAAUGCAUUGCCAGCUACAGCAGGAGAGCUUGGCUGUGCUGGGUCCAACUGCCCAAAGUCAGCAAGUUACUCUCUUGAGUGUACUGAUGAGAAAACUCUGGCAACAAGUAGCACAUUGCAGUCUCUCUCAUGUCCUGCCUUACCCCCUCGGGCCCCUAAAAUAGCAGAUGAGAAGCCAGGCCUUGACUUGUGCCCCCUGCCUCUCAGAAUAGAUGGUGCUGAAGAAGACCCUCAGCCAGACUCUCCAGACCUUUCUGAUGAUCAGUACCUAGGUAAAAAGGCUGUGUCGGACAUCUUUUCAAUCUCUUAUCCUUUCUCAUCUCCUCUUCAUCUCCAGCUAGUGCCAAGGUCUUGUGGAGAUGGUUCUCCCUGGCAACCUCCUGUAGACCUAUCUGGACUCUCAGUAGAGGAAGUGUCCAAAUCUUUGCGCUUUAUAGGCUUAUCAGAGGACGUAGUAACAAUUUUUGUUACUGAGAAGAUUGAUGGCAACUUGCUUGUUCAACUUAAUGAAGAGAUCCUUUCUGAGGACUUCAAACUAAGCAAACUACAAGUUAAGAAAAUACUGCAGUUCAUUAAUGGCUGGAGACCUAAAAUGUAGUGUUCAACUUGUUCAGCAAAACUCAGAGAUGUGUGCUGGAAGUCUCACACUCUUUUUGGCUUUUGUUAGGGAGGUGGUUGCACUAAGAUCUUCCUACUCCUCUCUUGUCUAAAUAGUAAGAGAAGAAAGAUCUUACUAUUCAGAUAGUUUUGAGUGGUGAGCAGACUCUUGUACAUAGUAGAAAAAUAAAGGUGUGCCUUGGGCAUUCCAGAACAUUGAGCAGCUGCUAAACCAUGAACUUUAAAGGGAAUUUAAUUUGUAUUCAUGUAGUAUGUUAAAGACCUAUAUUUAUUAUUAUGGAUUUAGUCAACCCUGAGUAGCACAUAAAUCAAUUUGAUUUUGUAUUUCCCAAUGAAUUUAUUUCCUCUUGUUGUUUUUAUUAAUUUUUGUUCUGAUGGCCACAUAACUUGCCUUCACUUUUGAUUUAUCUGAUAGAAAGUGUCAACUUGCCCUUCUCACUCUUGAUCUACACUUGGAAAUCAGGUUCCUUUCUAUAAGAUUCCUGGGUUGUGAUAAAAAUCCACCCUCAAUGAACCCGUGUUUCAAAAACACAGCUCAUCAAAAUAAAACAAAAGAAUUAGCUUUACUCCUUCUCAAGAUACUGCAGGUCACCAUUAUUUCAUUGCCUUAUUAGAGAAUAAGACUGAGAAGUUACUGAGCUUGAGGAGAGCAGUAAGUGACAUUCUGUCCUCACACUCUUGUGAGAUGCUACUGUUCAGUUUGUCCAUUCUUUUUCUCCAUCAUAGUUUUCCUUGUCACCUUUGUUGCAUUCUCCUACUGACUCUUCACUUUUUCGGAUUACCAAGGAUCAGAAAGCAACUGGAUCCCUACAAGCAAUACCUCUUGCUUUUCCUCCACAAAGAUUUGUGGGGAGAGAUAUGUGGAGGCAAUAUCAGUACUUUCCCAAAAUUGCAUCAAGGAAAAGAAGCUAAUCUUUUUCAUAACUUGGGGAAAGGGAUAUCUUUUGUGAAAGUUCUGUAUAGGAUAGGAUACACAACUAAUCUUUUUUCACACAUGCACAGUCUCCAGGGUUUGGUUUAGCAUAUUUGCUUAUAGCUUAGAAAUGGCACCAACUAAGACAGACAGACCCUUGUUCCCAAAUACAGUAUUCUUGAUUAAUAUAAGACCUAUGUAAAAAGAGACAGUGUAAAUGGAAAAGUUCUUUGUAGUGCUGGAGAAGUGGACUCUAAAAUGUAAAAAUGAACUUAAAUAUCCCAUUUUAUCUCAUUUAUUUUUGGAAAUAACAUUAGCAGAGAAGAGGGAAUGAUUUUAAUUUCAGGGUUGUUGGUGGUUUGGGGUGUUUUGUUUUAUUUUUGCAAUCACACUAUAUUCAGUCAAAAUCAACUUUUCUGUAUUAUGAGCAAAUCUUGAGACCCUGCUUUAAUGUUAAAAAAGUUUAGGGAUCAAUAACCAACCAUCUUACAUGUAAAAUGCACACAAAGUGAGCAUGAUCUGACUUGGAACUAUACUUAAGUAGGGAAGAUACUGUUACAUCCGUUCAAUGAUUAAUCCUUGGUGCUUUGCAUUGUUUCUUUGAAGCAUUAAAAAAUAAACAAAUAAAGAAGAUUAACAUGUAAAAUAACCUAAAUUAAAAGAAUUCACAUUCCAAAAACUAAAUCUAAUUUAAUCAAAAUGAAGUUGAGUAAAUUGUCCUUUAUUUAGAAAAAGGUAGUCCUUGAAAUAAUAUAUAGAUGUAAUAUAUGCUUUCAAUUAUUAAGAAUUGGGGGGGGGGGGGGGGGGAGGGGAAGUGGAGAUCAGGGUGGGCCCACAAACUAAGCAGUGCAUUUUUCCCAUUGGCCUGAUAUAACUAAAUCUCAGCAAGAGGUUCCAGGCACAUCCUUUACUAAUUCCAUUGCUUAUCCAUCAAAGGAUUUAAAAGGUCAGAAAUUUAAUGUCUUUAUGCAAAGCAAGAUGAACCAUAGCUCAUCUCUCUCUCUCUGUGGCCUUGAUGCACUGUUCCUUAAUGUGAUAGUUUCAUUCAUUUAGUUUCAGUCAUCCUUGCGCUUGGAAAACAGGAGAUUUAUUCGGAGAUUUCAUUGAAUGUGUUGUAUUUGAGGGGAGAACCAGAGAAAGGUCUGAUAAUUUAGCAGGCAAUAUUAAGCUUCAUUGGUUUUUCCCCCUCUAUUUUAUGUUUCUUAAGAAAAGCCAUGUUGGAUCAGACCAAAGUCCUGUCUGAUUUAACAUUAUGUUCACACAAUGGCCAGUCUGUUGUUUUUGGGAAUUCUGCCACCUAAGUGCAACUGUUUUCUUUAUUUUUCAUCAUGUCUUCUCUUACUGCCACUCCCAUUCAACUAAAAAAGUAUUUAUUUGUGCCCCCCUCCCUCAUAAUAGAUGCUGCUGAUGGAAAGCCUCAGAGAGACUCACCAAACCUUUCUGAAAAUGAAUGUCUUGCUCCCUAAAAGGGCAUGUCGGUCACUUUUUCAAAGUCUUAAGUCUUUUUCAUUUUUCUAUUUUUCACUUUCAGUGGUUCCCCUUAAACCUAGAUUUAUGAAGAUAGUGACAGGGAAGUAAAAUUAAUUUUCUUUUUAAAAAGUGGAAUUUUAAAUCCAUUGAACCAUUACCUUUUCCAUAUAUAUAUUUAGCCUUUAGCAAGGGUUUCAUAAGAGGGCAGAGGAGGAAUGACGCAUAUGCAGUUAGUCCUAAAAAUUCAUAUGAUCACCAUGCAUUGUGUCAUAGGAAAGUGAUUCUUCAUCAGAGAAAUUUCUGGUUUGCUAACUGCUUAAUAUUUCCUUUUCUUCCAACACCUUCCUAUAAAACUCUGGGCUGAUGUGACCAAGGACAGUUCUAUUGGGCACCUGUCUAGCAGCAGAGGUAUUUGAAAGCCACUGUAUAUUUUCAGCUAAAUGGAUUGAAUUAUAAUAUUACUUAAUUUAACCUCAAAGGAGAGUUUCUCAUUUCUACUGCUGGCAUCUACAGUACACUCCCUGGAAAAUCCUCUCUAUGGGAAUUUGAAGCCCCUCCUGAACAAUAUGGGGUAUGGAUGGAGGACAGCAGGGGAAAGAGAGAUUCACUCAAAACUUGUCCUGAGGAUACAACUUAUCUCACAAUCCAAGCCAAUGUACUUUCACCUAUAUUUGGACAUCAUAUUGAGGAAGUGGAUCUCUGAUUUAACAUCAGUCCUUUUUGCAUACUUGAGUGACUGAGUACCUAUCAUUCUAGAAGUGAAAUUACCUUCCAUCUGUGCUUCUGCUUUAGAAAUGUGUUUGUGCUUUGUAGCUGAAGGUUCCUAGACCAUCUCCUCUCAGUUCAUAAUCCUUAGUUAUUUGACAAGCACCUACCACCAAGGCUGACACUUCAGUUUAGGAUAGCCAAACAUCAUCAGGAGGUUUCCUCACUGAUCACUCCACCCUAGCUGCUGUCAGAGAACCAGUUGUGUGUCACCACUGCCACAAGUCACUUACCACCUCACCCUUUACUUCCCUCAGACCUGAUAUCCAGGAUACCCAUAGCACCAUCAGAGCUACAGCUAUAGUGGCUGCUUCGCUCACUCCCCACCUCACUGGACAUGUUUUCCAACCUCUGAGGUAAACCAGCACAGCUUGGAAUAUUAAAUUUGAAAAAUAAUUCAAUUCAAUUAUGUCAACUAGUUAAAUUUGGGAAAUUAAUUAACUGACAGAUUGAAAUAUUAGUGUAAAGCUAGACCAUGGCAUUUAUAGAGGGUUGAAUGGAGGCUGUCACUUCUGAUCUUAAUGGGAGCUCAUUUUGUUAAUGGCUCCUUCAAAAGGGCUCAUGUUCACCUUAUAAAGUUGCCUUUCUCCAGCCUGGAGAUUGCAAAGUACAUAGUAAGAUUAUUGCCUGGCAAUGGUAGGAAUCGAACACAUCUGAAGCUAUCAGUUAGGAGGAAACUAUCCCAAAAUAUGGGACCUCAUCUUGCAUCUUUUUCAGUUCAUCACUUGCCAAAAUCUCUUUCUUUCUAUCUCCACCAAUGCAUGCAUUUGAAGAUGAUGUUAAAUGUAUGCAUUGGUGGUGAAGAAUGUCUUCUUGAAAUGCUUUGUUUUUUAAAGGUUAGUAAUGAUUGAUUGUCUUCAGUUAUAGAUGCUGAUCCAUUACAAGUACAGCAAUAAUUAAAUGGCUAUGAUGUUCAGCCAGUGAUUUAAGAAUGAGGAAAUCUUAAUCAGAUUUUUGAGAGUUUCUGAGCAUGUGCAGAAUAUUUUUCUGCACAAAUAAUCACGGCAUCUUUUCUGCCUCCCCUCUCCCAAUCAGGAUGUGUGGUGGAGCACAGGUUUUUCAUACAGGAAUCAGAGAUCCCAAAUACAAUCUGACAUCUGCAGUUUUAGUGAUCACAUAUCUAGCAUGUCCAUUCUUCUCUGUACCCAUCUUAUCUUCAGUGUAGAAUUACAAGGGAGUGUGUAAGAAAGAGGAGGAGGGGUAAGAAAAAAGCAGAAUAGCAAGGGUAAGGACAGAGAAAAAGAGGGAGGCUAGAGACGGAAGUUGGGUAUGGGUUUGUAGAAAAUAUUAACUUAAUUAUCAAGGAACUAGCACUCUGUGAGUAAUAGACUAAGAAUAACAAAGGGAUUCAUUGAAGGUCAGCCCAAAUAAUAUUAUAAUGUAUAUUAUAUAGUAAUAUACAAUAGAAAUCAGCCCAGAAUAUAAUCAGUAACGGAGGUAGUACACUCCCACUUUUCACAAAGACUCCAAAAACAUUCCUUUCAUACAGGCCCAUAUAGGUGCAGCCUGUUUUUUUCACAUAAAAUGCCCAGGUUUUAAUGGCCUAAUUAAUUAAAGCAUGUUCAUAAUUUCAACAUUAAUUGGGAAAUUAAAAUUUAGGCAAAAUCAGUCAAUGAAUUGAUCUAAGCUCUGUAAACCAGUUGCUUUGGGGACUACAGCUCCCUCAUUCCCACAGCUAUCAUGGCCAGUGGAGAAGCUUAGGGGGAGACUCAGGGAGUUGUAAUCCAAUAAAAUAAAAUGCCCAUGUCCUGGUUAACCCCUGCUCUGGCACUCACUGUAGGUAAAGAACUAUAGCUUAGCUCUGCUGCAGCCAGGUAGACAUGAUGCUAGAUUUCAUUCCUAUAAUAAGCAUUGCAUCUGGAAUAAAUGCCUCCAGGAAGUAGGAAGAGGAGAGACACUGAGUGACAACUGCACCACUACAUGUUGCCUCUUUAUGGCAAUGCAAACAUGGAAAGAAUGGCAACAGCCAUGCAUCAGGCAGGGGCAAAACAACCAGAGGUCCAUUAAAGCCUGGUUUCAUUUUUUUCUCACCAUGUCUUUACAAAUGAUUAGUAUCAAAGAGGUUUUCCUUCUUUGCAAGCAAAAUGUAGCUGCUGUUCUUCUAGCAAGUGUUCUCUUAAUAGAAAAUAAUUCUGAAGUAUGGGCAACAUAAAAGACUCACAGCAUGAUCUUAUGCAUAUUUACUCAAAAGUAAGUCCAGUUGUGUUAAGAGAGAUUUACUUCCAGGAAUGAGAAGAAUUAUAGGAAUUAUAGCCUUGGUUAUUUAAUGUUGCUCUGGUCCUGCUGUGGGUUGUAGUUCAUCUAAAGAAUUCUGUAUCUGGAGUGUUCAAAGUUUUACCUUUGUAAGUGAACUGAACCAACACUCCAUUUGCAAAUGCUGAAUUUAUUCUACAUCAGGGCUGUCUGACUGUUAGUAAGUUUGUAUUAACUUUUGAAUCAUUGUCUUGUGGAUCAUGUAUUAAAAGACUGGGUGCUAAAGAUAAUGCCCAGCAGUUUUUAGCACUUAAAGAGCAGCAGGAAAAAGAAUGUUUCUCCCUAAAUGUACCAAAUCUGUGUGUAUAUAUAUGGCCUGUGCCACCAUCUCAGUAUGUCCUGUUGUCCAAGGCGACAUGGUAAUUAUAGUUGAAAAGUUAUUCAGGGGGCACAUGUGAGCCAGCCCCACCUGCACACUGCCACCUAACUCCCCAAUAAAUAUCCAGAACCCCACUAAGUAUAGGACUGCAAACAACAUGGAGUGUUUGUCAAGGGAUGGGAAGAUGCUGACUAGACUAGCAACUCCUCCCCCCCCCCAAAAAAAAACCCCUCGAUGUGCACAUCACAUGUACAUGGGGCUUUGUGUGAACCCGACUUUUUAUUUGCAUAAUAGUUGAAUUUUUAUCUUGUCCUCUUUACUUUCACAGUCCAUUGUUGUUCAACAUGAGUUUCAGAAUUCAGCUGUUCUGUUUCAUUCCAAAAAGUAAAAUAUUUCUAAUAUUGUUGGUCCAUCAGAGGAUAAUUGUUGGAAAGACACAUUCGUAAGCAUUUCUGCAUCAUGUAGGGAGAAGCACUAAUGCUUCAAACCAUACCACUUAUGCAAAGACUAUAAUGUCUCUUUGACUCUUAAAAUCUAUCAGGGUAACCGUGUUAGUCUGUUGCGCCAAAAAAGGACAGAAUCAUUCUGCUCAUUAUAGCAUGAGCUCAUGGUAUAAUAAAUUUGUUCUUUACAUUGCUAUAGGUCUGACCUCUUAGUAUUUCCAGAUACCAGGAUCAGAACCUAGAGGAACAAAGCUUAAAGUUCGGCACAGAUUACCUAAAUGUUUUUCAUAAUUCUAUGCAAAUAAGAUUCAGCAUAAGGGUAAACAUCCCCACUGACAAGCAACAUUCUUGCUGCUCAUUUUCUGUGAGAUGGAAUUGACAUUUUUAAAUGUGCAGUGGAGUUGGGGCUGCAGUAAGAGCCUUACUCAUUUGAUAGGACUGUCAACAUUAACUGUGCUGGCUUUUGGUAUAUCCAGAUUAACAAGUGUCCCACCUUAAAUUUGCUGACCUAUGCAUAUUGCAUAACUAAUCAAGAUGACAGUGCUAGCUUUCAAUAAUUUGUCUGCAAAGACAAGUAGAUGGAAAUAUUUCAGGUUUUUAAUCAUUUGGCUCCUGAACUUCUUUGUAGGCAAUAUAGUAGUCCAUUAUAUAUAUCCCCUACACUAGCGCAUCAACAUUUCAUGCAGGUUUUUUUUUAAAAGAGCGAGCAAAGGAGAACAAAGGCCAUAUGUAAUGUAUCUGUAACAAUUAUUCUUAUGCUGCCUGUGAUCAAAGUACUAUAUUGUGAGGUAUGGUCUAUAGUUUCUUUUAGAGAUUUAACACUGCAGUCCUAAAUCCCACUGAGUUUAGUAUGGCCGUUGUGCAUGCUUGGGACUGAGCAGCCACAUUGCAAUUGUAGGGAACAUUUUGUCAACUAAGCAGGACAAAAUGCUUACUUAAAGGCAGCAUCAGAUGAUUACUGGCAAAAUCAAAAUCCUUAAGAGAAUGUUCACUUAAUUACAUACCAAUGCAUUUUUAACAGUGACAUUUGCAGCCAAGAUGUUGUCAGUUAAACUAGUAUUAUUACUCUGUCAAGGGCUGUAUCUACACUGCAGAAUUAAUGCAGUUUGACACCACUUCAACUGUCAUGGUUCAUUGAUAUGGGAUUUGUGGCUAUGUAAGGUAUUUAGCUUUCACUGUCAGAGAAUUCAGGUGCCACAACAAACUACAAAUCCCAGAUUUCCACAGGAUGGAGCCAUGUCAGCUAAAGUGGUGUCAAACUACAUUAAUUCUGCAGCAUGGUGGCAGCCAUAAGCACCUUUAUUAUUAUGCUAUAUAUUUUGAUUACAUAGUGGCAAGUGUUUCAUAAGAAGCAAAUGGGAUAGAACAAUUCAGUAUCUUGGGUCCUAAGAUAAAGCUAUCUACAGAGAGAUCACAGAAGGAACAUUUCCAUCUCCCCUCCUACCCCUUGAAUAUUAAUGCAAACAAUUAUCUUUAGAUACAGUAGGAAGCAGAGAUGCAUUCACCCAACAGGCUAGGACAUUUGUCAACAUUCCUGAAAAGAUGUGUGUUCAUGUCCAACUUGAACUACAUUGCCAGCAUGUAGGGUUGCCAUAGCACGCCCCCCCCCCCGUGACCAGCACGGUUUUGGGGGGCCCCUCCCGGUCACGGUCCGGUUUGGGCCCCCACCCGUGCCUGGUCCCCUGUUUGGGGGCCCGCUCCGGCCA